AGCAAGCAAACACUCGCUUGCUCUCGCCUUCGCCUCGCAUCCAACCUAGGGCAUUCCAUCCACCCGACCUCCUCGCCGUCGCCGUCGGCAGUCCGCGUGCGGCAGCAGCCAUGUCGGACGUCAGCUGCGGCUGGGAUUUCCUCGAGGGGGCGGGCCCCGACCUCACCGCCUCCGUCUUCUGCCUCCUCGACCACCCCGCCGACCUCGUCCGCGCCGCCGCCGUCUCCCGCUCCUGGCGCCGCUGCGUUGUGGAGAGCGGCCUGUGCAAGAGCCUGUGCCUGAAGAUGUGCCCGGAGGCGGCCAUCUUCACCAGCGCGGUGGAGAUGAGCAGAUUUCCUCCUCCUCCACCACCGACGGCCGCCGAGUCCAGCGGCGACGCCGCCCGGGCCACCAGGAGCCUCGAGAGCCAGUUCAGGAUCUACUCCUACCUCUGCGGCGCGCUCGUGCACUCCACCAGGCCCGACGCCGACUGCAUCCUGCACUGCGUCUGCGCCUCCAGCACCGACAACUACCAGGAGAUCAUGGAGAACACCCUAGAGCCGCAGGACCAGAUCGACCAUCAACCAUCCUACUGGUCCAGUCGCGGUCAGGACGACCCUGACGUGCCCGAGGCCCUCACCUACAGGCUGACCUCUAAUAUCUGCGUUAUCAGUGAGAUCAAGCUACAGCCGUUCAAAGCAUUCUUUCAGAUCGGCUUUCCCAUUUACUCUCCAAAGAUGGUACGGUUUCGGUUUGGCCAUUGCAAGCUUCCUCGUGGAACAGAACCAUUUUUCAUUGAUGUGGACGAGAACGAGGCAGUAAUCGCUGAUGAAAAUUUUGUGUGGACUUACACCUCGCCAGAGUUCCCUGUGUUGCAGGAAAAUAUUCUACAAUCAUUUAGACUUCCGCGCCCAAUCCUUUGCAUUGGUGGUGUGGUGAAAAUUGAACUGCUGGGCAGAGUUCAGAAGCAAGCAGAAGAUGAUAAGUACUACAUAUCUGUGUGCCAUGCUCAAGUGGUAGGACGUUCACUUUCGCCUGUCUUCAUGGUUGACAUCCCUUAUGCUGGUAGCUAUGCAGUCCUCAAGUACAUGCCAGGUCUGAGGAACCUAUGCACUGAGGACGUGAAGCUGGAAGAUAUCAGGGACUCCUCGGCGUGGCACUCACUAGUGGCCAGGUACAGGCAGAUGAGACAUUCGGCCGUAAUGGAUUUGCUUCGUAUCGAGCAGGGUAUGCAGCCCGUACCGUUGAUGGAAGAAGAAGAUGCAGGCGUCUCAGAUGACGACCCAUUCGAGUAGUCUGGGCUGCAGCCAGAGAAACUGCUUUUACUGCAGAACAUGUCUGUAGUCCUUGUGUAAACUGGUCGAGAACAUGUAGUAUAGUACCUAGUAGUGAACAUAUAGUCAAGUGGUUGUGGAAACAAGAGCUCCGAGUAAAGAGUUUAUGUCAUGGUGUUGCGGACGGUCUGUUCA